AUGUCCGACGCCCAGCUCCAACAGCUGAUCGGAGCCAUAACUCAAGGUCAAACUCAAACCGCUCAGACUGCGCGGCGCACCAUAUCAUUCGCUACGGCAACCUUCACGUAUGACGGCGAGAGGGAUGUAACACGAGUAAAGACAUUCCUUACGGCUGCAUCCUGUUUUAAGCGCGUCGAGAAGAUGACUGAUGGCGAUGCACUGGACAGCCUUCCGCUUAUCCUAAAGGACGACGCUGCAGUCUGGUGGAAUGGAGUGGCAGACAGCGUGACCACCUGGGACGACUUUAAAAGCCGGUUGCACAGGGCUUUUGCUCCGAGAAAGCCUGCGCCGAUGAUAUACCAGGAACUCGUGGGCGUUCACCAGAAAGACAACGAGUUAACGGAAACCUUCGUCGCAACGAAGAGGGACUUAAUUGCUCAGCUGCCUACGCCGCGCCUUUCGGAGAGUAUCCAACUCGACAUGGUACACGGAGCACUGCAUAAGAAGAUCAGGGAGAAAGUACUACGAGAGAUGGUCACGAGCUUUGACGAUCUUCUAACGGCUGCCCAAAGUGCGGAAGAACUGUUUGACACGAAACCCCAGCCAGCAGUAAAGGGCCGCAUCCGUUGUAGUUAUUGCAAGAACCCUGGUCACUCUGUGGAUGUAUGUCGCAAGAAGAAGUUCGCUGAGGGUAAAGCCGCAACGACGACCGCCGCAACCGGAGGCUCAAACACAAAUGCCAUCACCAUCCACUCCUAA